UCGGAAAUUUUAUUUUUUCACGCGUCAUUCAUUAAUCUUUUGACUGACUAGUCUAUUCUAAUUCGAAUCAUCUUCCUCAAUCAUCCCCAAAAUAUCUGCGAAAAGCAAACUCAUUAUCCUCUUCUAUACCCAAACCCUAACCCUAAUUUCCGAUCUCCCCAAUUCUCCUUCUCUCAAAGAUGGGAAACACCGAGAAACUAAUGAACCAGAUCAUGGAGCUCAAAUUCACCUCUAAAUCACUUCAACGUCAAUCUCGUAAGUGCGAGAAAGAAGAAAAAGCUGAGAAACUCAAAGUCAAGAAAGCAAUCGAGAAAGGAAACAUGGAUGGAGCUCGAAUUUACGCCGAAAACGCAAUUCGUAAGCGUACUGAACAGAUGAACUACUUGCGCCUCGCUUCUCGCCUCGACGCCGUCGUUUCGCGCCUCGAUACUCAAGCUAAGAUGCAAACCAUCGGAAAAUCGAUGGGAUCAAUUGUUAAAUCGCUUGAGUCGUCUUUGAAUACCGGUAAUUUGCAGAAGAUGUCGGAGACAAUGGACAAUUUUGAGAAGCAAUUUGUUAAUAUGGAAGUUCAGGCUGAGUUUAUGGAGAGUUCUAUGGCUGGGAGUACUUCGCUUUCGACUCCCGAAACCGAGGUUAAUAGUUUGAUGCAGCAGGUGGCGGAUGAUUAUGGCCUUGAGGUUUCUGUGGGUUUGCCUCAGGCUGCUGGACAUGCUAUUCCUGUUCCGAAGGCGGCGGAGAAGGUUGAUGAGGAUGAUCUUACCAGGAGGCUCGCCGAGCUCAAGGCUCGAGGUUGAAGUCAAAGGUAAAAAGGUUAAGGUUUUAUUGAUAAUGUUGUAUAGAUUAUGAGCUUUACUGAUGAUCAACCCUUCGUGAUAUGGGGGUUUGAUGAUAAUUUGCUCUAUAUUAUGGAGAUUUGGAGCUUUUGGAACCGAUAACUGUGGAUGGUUUAAUUAUGUAUUAUAUUGUAUUUGUCUAUUGGAAAUUUGGCUGCUUGCUUGAUUAUGUA